AUGCGUGUCUUGUGUUGGGCCUGGUCGUGGGUGGGCCCCGCAGAAAUCGAGCGGCUGAAGCGCGCGGAGAAGGAGGCGAAGGGGGGCAUGAAGGUGGAGCUGGAGGAGGCGAAGAGGGCGCUGGAGGAAGCGGAGUUCAAGAAACGCGACUUCGCGGAAAAGCUCGUUGCUUCUGAGACCAACGCUACUCGCCUCAAGGAGCAGGCGGCUCAUCUGACUGUGAAACUCCAAGAGCAGCGUCGGGAGCGGGAAAAGCUGGAGAAACAGAUGGACCAACUGGCGGAAGGAUCCGGCAGCGCGGAGAAACUGACGGCAGCAGUGCGAAAAGAGAACGAGGACCUUAAAGCCCGGGUCUCCCUGGCGGAGCAGCGCCUGGGGGACUCCCAGCGGCUGGAGGCGGAGUUCAAGGCGAUGACGGAGAAGCGCGCGGACCUGGAGCUGCAGGCGGAGAUGGCGCGCAUGGGGAAGGAGAGCGCGGAGAAGCGGGCGGUGGAGGCGGAAGGGAAGGUGAAGAUGGCGGAGGAUGAGGGGAGACGCGUGGUGUGUGUGCUGGAGGAGAAGAUGAAGGGGAUGCAGCGGGAGAAGGAGCAGCUGGCGGAGGAGCUGCAGGCGGCGGUGAGGGGGAGGGACGCGGAGAAGGGGGAGCUGGCGGGGAGGAUUGCGCGCCUGGAGGCGGAACUUGCGGAGAUGAAGCGCGAGGCGGGGCGAUUGCAGGAGGCGGCUAAGGAAGCGGCGAGGCAGAAGGCGGUGGAGAUGGAGGGGAUGCAGAGGGAGCUGGGUGCGGCUGCUGCUGCGCUUGCGGAUGUGAAGGUGAAGUGCGGAGAGGCGGAAGAGGCUGUGCGCGCGGAGAUGGAGCGGAGGCACGCGGUGGUGGCGGCUGCGGUUGGUUCCGCGGAGAGGAGAUGCGCGGAGUACGAGGAGAGGGUCGGGGGACUGCUGAAGGCUGUUGAGAGGUUGGAGAGAGAGAAGGCGGAGCUGAUCGGGAAGGUGGAGCUCGGUGAGGAGGAGUGCAGACGGGUGUUGAAGCUGGGCCGUGAGGCUGUGCUGAAGGUGGGACGGCUUGAGGAGGAGCUGAGAGGGGUGGAGAAGGAAAGGGAGACGAUGGGGAACGAGCUGGGUGUCGUGCGUGCGGUUUUGGAGGAUGCGGAGCGGCGCAUGGAGGCGCAGGCGGAGGAGGCGCGCUCGCAGCUGCGCCAGUCAUACGAGGCGACCAAGGAGGAGGCGCGGAAGACGGGCGCGGAGAUCGAGGUGCUGCGGCGGGAGGUGGAGGUGCGCGCGCGGGAGGUGGCAGAGUUGGUGCGGAGGGCGGAAGAGGCGGAGGCCGCGGCGGCGAAGGAGGCGGAACGGCGGUUGGCGGAGAGCAGCGCGGCGGAGAGUGCGCGCGCGAGGCUGGAGGGUAGGUGCCGGGUGGCGGAAGAGCGCGUGGUGCAGCUGCAAGGGGUGGUCGCUGGUGAGGAGGGCGAGAUUGCGGGGCUUCUGGAGCGAGCGACAGCAGCUGAGGCGGCCGGGAAGAAGGCAGAGAGCGACCUCUGGGCGAUGGAGGCGGCGAAGGAGAAGGCGGAGACUGAGCUCGAGAGGGUGACGGCGGAGUGCGAGAGACUGGCGCAAGAGAUGGGGAUCCUGCGCGAGGUGGUGGAGGAUGUCGAAGGGCGCGUGGAACGGGAGGCGAGGGAGGGCGCUGGGCUGCUGGUAAAGCUGAGUGCUGCUGAGAAGGAGGUUGACGGGCUGAGGAGGGAAGUCGAGGAGGAGAGGGCGAGGGCGGAGGAUGCUGUGAGGGAGAAGGCGGAGGCGUCCGCGGAGGUGGAGGAGGGGAGGGGGAAGAUUGCUGCGCUGGAGCGUGUGGUGGAGGAGGUACGAGAGUCGCUUGCUGCUGCGACGGCGGAUGCGGAGAGGGAGAAGGCCGGGAAGGACGAGGCGGAGGCGGAGGUUAUGCGCAUGGAGCGUGGGGUGGCGCGGGAGAGGGAGGAGAUGCGGGGGAAGAUGGCGGAGCUGCAGGCGCAGGUGGAUAAGCUGGCUGGUGAGGUGGAUGCGGCUGGGGAUGAGCGCCAGACGAUGCAGGCGAGGGUUGACAAGCUGCUGUGCGACGUUUCGCAGCUGUCGCACGACAAGGGUCGCAUGGAGGCGGAGCUGAGCGAGGUUCGAGCGGCAGUCGCUGAGAAGGAAGCGGCUGUGGACCGCGCGGAGGAGCGGCUGGCGGAGAUAACGCAGGAGGCGGAAGGACUGCGGGGACAGAUGCGCAACGCGGAGGCGGACGCGGAGAAGGUGGGGAGGACGGCGGAGGAGGAGAGGGCGGGGCGGGAGGAGGCGGAAUUGAAGGUGGGAGAGUUGGAGGAGAGCGAGCAGCGGCUGGUGGGGAAAUACGAGGAGGAGAUUGGAGUGCUUAAGGAGAGAGUCGCGGGGUUGAAGCGGGACCUGUCGGCGGAGCAGGAGCGCCGAAGGGAAGAGGCGGAGCUGCUGGCGGAACAGCUGGAGGAGGCGCGGGCGGCGCUGGAAAACGCGCGCGCGGAGGAGAGGCGCGCGAGGGAGGAGGCGGACCGGCUGGGCGGGGAGCUGGCAGCGGCGGUGCUCGCCGCUGGAGCUGCGCAGCGGGAGCUCCAGGCUGAGAAGGCUGCGCGCGAGAGGGUUGAAGAGAAGGUUGCAGAGAUGGAGAAGGAGAGAGAGGCGAUGAUGCGAGACCACGAGGAUGUGGUGGUGCAGCUGAGGCGGGAGAUGGAGAGCGGGCGGGAGGAGGCGGAGAGGGAGAAGGCGUGGAGGCGGAGCGAGGUUGACGAGGUGAAGGGGGAGAUGGGGUCGAUCGUCGCGGGGAUGGAGGGUAAAGUAGCGGAGAUGGAAGCGCGGGAGGGGAGGAUGGAGGAGGAGGCGCGGCGGAAGCAGCUGGAUGUGGAGGCAUUGGAAAAGCAGGUGAAGGAGCUGGAGUGGGAGAUGAGGCGGCGGAACGAAGAGCAGCGGCAGGGGCUGAUGGCGGCGGUACAGCGAGGGGUGGAGAGUGGGCGCGUGGGGGAUGCGCUGGUGGAGGAGGUGAGGGCGCUGCUGGCGAGGCUGGAGCAGGAGGGGGUGCGCGCACAGCAGGUGGCGCAGAUGGAGGAGCGGAUGAAGGAGCUGGAGGCCAAGCUGCAAGACGCAGAUGAACAGCUUGCUGAGCUGGCGGACAAGGAGGAACAGCUGUCGGCGUCUGAGUGGACCAUUGAGCGGAUGGGCGAGGAGCUGAAGCGCGCCAAGGAGGGCACCGAAUCGCGCAAGGCGGAGGUGUCCCAGCUGCAGCACCAGCUGCUGUGCGCGUCCGCCACACUGGAGGAGCGCGAGAAGGACCUGGACGCGCUCAGGCGCAUGCUGGAGGAGUCCAAUGGCAAGCGCUGGCGGCGCGCGCGGCAGAUCAAGCGCAUGGAGUGCGAGCUGGCGGCACUGAGGGAGGAGCUCGGGCGGGAGAGGAAGCGGCGGAGGCCGGAAGGGAGCGGGGGAGAGGGCGGGGAGGAGCAGCGUGGGGAGAGCCCUGUGCGGUUGGUUUCUGGAUCGGCGGCCGUAGUUGGAACAGUGCUGUCGAAGCCUGAACAGGAGGGAAGUGGGACGCCUGGGCUGAUCUUGGCGCCGAAUCCUGGGCAGAGCGGGCUGUAUGCGAGGAGGUUUAGGAGCCGGGUGGCUGCUAUGGCUGCUGAGGGUAGGGAGGGGGUGGUGGAGAAGGGUGAGAAGAAUGGCAGUGAGGGUGGAGGAGUGGAGGGAGGUGACGUGGUGGGUGUGUUUGAGUUCAAGUCUCCUGCUGCUCCUCGUGCUGCUGCUUCUCCUGCUUCAGCCGCUGCUCGUGGUGUUGCUGCUCCUGCUACUGCUGCUGGUGCAGCUGCUGCUGCUACGCCUGCUCCGUUUGCAACAGAAGGUGGUUUCAAUGUAGUCAUGGCAGGUGCUGUUGAGGAGGAAGAGGAUGAGGAGGAGGCACCCAAGGCACUGAAUUUCGACCUGGUGGAGCAGGAGGAGAAGACUGGCGCAGGAGUGCUGGAUGGUGAGAAGGAGGAACUCCUGGAGGCAGGUCAGGGCGAGAAGGGCAUGACGGGAGCUGAGGUUGCAGAAGCGGAGUCUGCGGAAGAGGAGCUUGCAGAAGCGGAGAUUGCAGCUUUGAGGUCUCGCUUUGAGCAGGAGGUGAUGGGCGAGAUAAUGGAGGGCUUCGAUGCAGAGGUUUCUCAGCUCCAGAAGCAGCUGGGCGAGGCUGAGAAGAAGCAGGCGGCAGCAGCUGCUGCUGAUGUUGCUGUUGCUGCUGCUGGGGCUGCUUCUGGGGUGAUGGAGGGGCUUCAGGAGGAGGUAUCUCGGCUGAAUAAGCAGCUGGGCGAGGCUGAGAAGAAGAAGGGAGAGGCGGAGGAGGAGGCAGGAAAGGCGAAGGUGAAGCUAGCGGUUCUGGAGAAGGAGCUUGCUGCUGCUGAAGAGGCGGUUAUGCAUGAGAGGAGGGCUGCUGCUGCCGUGACUUUUGAGUCAACUCAAAAGCUAGCGGUGCUGCAGAAGGAGCUUGCUGCUGCUGAAGCGGCGGUUAUGCAUGAGAGGAGGGCUGCUGCUGCGGUGAGAGUUGAUUUGUCUGCUGUGACAAGCGAGCGCGAUGGUUUGCUGCAGAAGGUGGUGAUCUUGGAGCAGCAGGAGCGGGCCGUUGUGCAGGGUACGGGGGAUGUGGUGGAGAAGGAGAUCGGAGAAAAGGUUGCUGGAAUAAAAGCUGAAGUUGCUGCAAUGGUGAGCGAGAGAGACAGGCUGCUUGAGAAGGUGGUGGAGCUGGAGAAGCAGGUGCGGGCUGCUGGUGAGGAGAAGGGUGGAAUGGAGGAGAGGUUGUUGGAAGGAGAUGCUGAAAGGCAGCGGCUGGUGGCAGCUGUGCAGCAGAAGAGUGAGGAGAUUGAAAGGCUGGAGGUGAUGGUUGCGGAGAUGGGUAAGAGAGGGCAUUCGGAGCGCAUGGAGACGGACGUUGCUGCUGGUGAGGGGAUGGGAGUCGGCGCUGGGGAGGUGGAGCCAGGGAGUGGGGAUGAGGAGGCAGUGAGCAGUGGCGUCGCAGGUGGAGGGCAGGGAUUGGAUGAGGAGGUGAGGAGGCUGCAGGGGCUGAUAGGGGAGAUGAAGGGAAGAGAGGAAACGGCAAAGAAGGUGGCUGCAGAGAAGGCUGCUCUGGCUCAGCGGCUGGAAGGGAAGCUGAAGAAGGUGGAAGGGGAGUUGAAGAAGAGGGAGGGGAAAGACGCGCUGCUGAAGCGGCAGUGCAAGAACGCGGAAGGGGAGCUGGAAGCUGCGAGGGAGGAGGUGAAGGCUGCAGUGCAGGCGAGGCAGGGGGUUGAGGCAGAGGUGAGGGUUCUGAUGGAGGAGGCUGCAGGGCUGAAGCGGGCCGCUGAUGAGGCGGACAAGGGGCGUCGGGAAGCAGAAGCGAAGCUGGCAGACGCUAACGGGCAGCUGAAGAGGCUUGAGGCAGAGUUGGAGGAGGUCGGGGCAGCAAGAACUUUGCUGGAGGGUGAAAAGGGAGAGAUGGUGCUGCAGCUGGAAGCUGAAGUUGAGCAGCUGAGGGAGAAGGUUGCGGAGUAUGAAAGGCGAGCGGAGGAGGCGCAGGCAGGUGCGGCAGUUGCGGCGGAGAAAAUCGAGCAGGAGCUGAAGGUGAGUGCGAGCCGGGUGAGUCAGUUAGAGAAGGAGGUGGAGAGGCGGAAGCAGGGAGAGAAGGAGCUGAGGAAGGAGAUUCAGAGGCUGGAAGGAGAGAAGGAUCUGAGUAAGAAGCUGCUUGCUGCAAAGGAGAUUGGGGAGGGGAUUACAGCGAGAGGGGAGGGGAGUCGUUCCAUGGGGUUGAGCAACAGGGCUGCUGGGGGUGGGGUGGUGUUUCCGCGGGCUGCGAACGAGGCUGGUGCGGAGGACGGGGUGGGUGCGGGGCGAUCUGCACUGAGGUCCCGGGCAGGAGGGAAUGGGGCGGGGGUGGAGGCGACAGGUGGGAGGGGGAAUGUGAACAACAGGAUUGCUCAUCUUUCUGCUGCUUUCCGAGUUGCCAGCCCCACCAAGCCUGUGAAGCUGCAGCGUCUUGCGGCGGUGACUGGGCCGGAAGUGAUCGAUGCGGUGAACAAGGAGAAUGAGGGAGUGUAG